CGCUUUUUUUGGAUUCAUGAAAUCAAAAAGAUGAAAUCCAACACAUACGAGCUGCACAACUACGUCGACUCAGACAUGGAGCUGGAAAAAGGUCAAGCCAAGACAGUGAGCGAGGAUUCACGUAAGCGUAAGGCAAGCGCUGCUACAGGUAGUCGGCGCGGUGAGAAGUACUCGCUACGUCAGAAGAGACAGAAGCGCGUACCUGGCGAUCUGCCUGCCCCUAUGACCGCACCAGCCACAGAAGAGCUGCAGCCUGCAGCGACAGUCUGCAGCAAGGCCAAGGCCAAGACUACGGCCAAGACGAAAGCUCCGCCGCUGAGCAAGUAUCGCCGGAAGACAGCCAACGCAAGGGAGCGCACGCGCAUGCGGGAGAUCAAUAUGGCUUUCGAGCACCUGCGACACUGUGUGCCGCAGUCCAUAACGGGCGAGGAUGCCGCCACCACUAAUGAGAAGCUGACCAAAAUAACAACACUGCGCCUGGCCAUGAAGUAUAUUGGCAUGUUAAGUGAGUCCCUGCAAGACCCCAGCUAUGAAAGCGAGUUCCUAGUCGAGUGUCUGCGCGAGAGUGCCAACAGAGAGGCGCAUGUUAGCGUGGACACCGAACCAGAUCUGGACUUGGACGUAGAGCUGGAGCCAACGCCGCCUGCCAAGCCCAAAAAACCAGUUAAGGCCAACAAAAAGUCACCAGCCAAGCGACAGUGCAAGCAAUCUAAGGCAACUGUAGUACCAGCGACACCCAUAAUGACAAAUACAACAAAUGUGCCCAUUAGCUCGCCAGAAUCGUGUUAUGCUUCCUCUUCCGUGGGCUCACCCGCCUUUUGCCCAGCCGCCUCCUCGCCAAGUUCGGCCUAUGCGUCGCUCUCCUCAGCGGCAUCUAGCGGCAGCAGUAGCAGCGGCAGUGUGCACGACAGCGCAGUGCUAGAUACGGACAGUCUGUUGGGCAUGCAAGCGCUGGAUGAGCUGAACACAUUACUGCUGGAGUCGGACAGCGACUCGCUGCACUGCCUCAACAGCUAUCAUCCAGAAUUGCUGGUGUCUGCAAGCUCAGCGCUUCCCUCGCGUGGAGACCUACCCAUAUCGAUAAACUUGACUCUGGAUAAGCCUGAUGUAGAGCUGAGCUUACGAAUGCUGGACCACUCGACAGACUCAUUUGACUUUGCCAGCGAUCAGCAGCCAUCGGCGUGCAUCAGCCCGCUGGCUACGCUGGACAGUUUCCAUCCGUUUGCUGAUCUGCUGCAUGGCGAGUUCUCCGAUAUAUUUCUAAGGUGACAAACACAGCAGGCAGUUGCUUAGAUUAUUAUUUAAAUUGUUACUUUCUGCGUUUAAGUUUAACCUAGUUCUAAAACAGCGUGUUAACCUAACCUCACUCAAGCAAUAACCGCGGAAUUCAUCGUGUCAUAGCAAGCAGGUAACUGCACAUUCAUGCUCACAGCAGACAGCCCAUGUCCAUAUGUUUCUCUAAUA